CAAAGAUGCUGUAUAUUUAUACAUUACAAUUCUUAAACGGGAAAAAUAAAACAAAAACAAAGUAAUUUUCAUGGAAUUCAAGGAAAAUCUGUCAUGAUAACGCAGUUGCAUACAGAAUGCUAUAAAUACAGAGGAGUCCAGAGCUUUACAUUUGAGUUACAAUCGAACAUUUGAAUUGAGCAGCAGAAAAUAUGAAGUCCGCAAUUCAAUUGAGCUGCCUCUUGGUCGUUUUUGGAUGCCUUUUGGGAUCUGGACAUGCUCAAAGUAACGCUGAAUUCACGGCUAAGGCUCGCCAAAUGUUGGCAAUCUAUGGCAACCCAAAGACCCCUGUCACCACCAAACAACGUAAUUUGCCCCAAUUGGUCGAGUUCUACGAGAAAUACUCCAGUCGCCUGCAACUAACAAAUGAGGAGCGGUCUACUUUAAAUACUGCAGUAAGGAGAUACAGGGCUCAAGAAGCAAUGACCAUCGAUGGUGUUCCGGCUCAGGGAGGAUUUUGGUCAAUCUUAAUCCCUUCCGUUAUUGAGCUUCUCGUAACUGGAUUAACCAAAGCUUUGGGUAACUGAAAAAGCCAAAGGGUGAAAUUCAAGACCUCUGCCUAAAGAAUAUCUUUUCAACAUAAACAUUACUUAAACUGUACCUUGAAUGUGAAUAUAUAUUCUUGAAAUAGAA